CCACAACUUAGUACACAAAUGGCUUUUACUUCUAGAUUAUCGCAGUUACGGAACGCCAAUAUCUUCUUUUGGUGGCCUUCCUUGGCUGAAGCUGAGGUCAUAGCUUGUAAGUUCUACUCCGAUGUAUGCCAUUUACGUGACAUGUGUCUUGCACUAACCCUCGUCAUACCAAUCCAGGCUGGGACUCGAAUGUUGUUGGCCCUGUCACAGCGAAGGAAGUUCUCCGCUGGAUCAACAUGAUCGCCCCUCCGAUUGCCGGCGGCGCUGAGGUUAUGGAGGUCAGACGUGUGUCAUUGGAACAAAACGAAGUAAUACGGUCCAAGUACCAUAUUCAUUCGGAAGAAACCAUGAUAUCCUCUGCAGUCUUGAUUCCAGGGAACUAUGGAUGCUACUACUUGCCAGGCAAAGAAUUACAAGACGUCUGUAGCCGAUCUCUCCUCCAUAGUUUCCGUACUACAAUGUCAAUGGAUGCUAGGAAGAAGAGAUAUGAGAAUGCGGAAAGACAAACUGCUGCUGCAACGGGGUGCUUGAAGCGGUACAUCAUCCCCGAUGAAUUACUUGCGGAGGCUUCCAGCCGUGACGCCGACGGCAAUUGUGUUUUCAUGGGAUAUACAGACAAGAACAGUCAGUAUACGGCGAAAUUUGACUGGAUAUUCCCUCCGGGCAUGGCUCGCUUCCGCACACACGGUCCACAGCUGCUGACAACAGAGGAGUUCUCGAGCUCCCAGAAUCUCAUGAUGGCGCGGACUGAUAUCUACCGUCUAUGGCACUCAAAUGCAUUCAGUGUAGACGUCGAUGACGACUACCGGAUCUGCGUCUUCGACAAGAGCGCUAUCAACCAAGGCUUACCUUCUCGUAUCGACCCGGUAUUGAACUCCGCGGCAGAACGUUUCCUCCGCGAGCAUUUCCGCUUCACUCUAUCCGUCAGUUGGGGUGGCGGGGACGCAAAUGAGGAACAUGCUGUUCCUGGACAGGCCGUCGUUUCCAAUGAUGCACCUAGCAAUGGCGAGGAGGAAGAAUCCAACACCACAGACAACGAGCAGGAGGACUUCGUGUCCGAAGUAACCGCCAGACUGGAGGCUCUACAGGGCUGAUCAAGGCGUGCGUGACAGCGGCGAAUCUUGAGCGAUACAUACGAACCAUACCCAUGUAACAAUCCGUUGUACUAACCUCGCCAAUGUGCGAUGAUGCUGAGUUCCAUAGCUAUGACAGAUAUUAC